AUGGGGAACCGGGGAAUGGAGGAUCUGAUUCCUCUGGUGAAUCGCAUGCAGGAUGCCUUCUCCGCCAUCGGCCAGAAUUCGAACCUUGACCUGCCGCAGAUCGCCGUGGUGGGCGGGCAGAGCGCGGGGAAGAGCUCGGUGCUGGAGAACUUCGUGGGGAAGGAUUUCCUUCCCCGUGGUUCUGGCAUUGUGACCCGUCGUCCUUUGGUUCUGCAGCUGAUGACCGCUCCCACAGAGUACGCAGAGUUUCUCCACUGUAAGGGCAAAAAGUUUGUAGAUUUCGAUGAGGUCCGACAGGAGAUUGAGGCUGAGACUGAUCGUAUCACCGGGGCCAACAAGGGCAUCUCCCCUGUGCCCAUCAACCUGCGGGUCUACUCCCCUCAUGUGCUCAACCUGACGCUGGUGGACCUGCCAGGGAUGACCAAGGUGCCCGUGGGCGACCAACCUGCAGACAUCGAGGCCCAGAUCAGAGAGAUGCUGAUGCAGUUUGUCACCAAGGAGAACUGCCUGAUGCUGGCCGUCUCCCCGGCCAACUCCGAUCUGGCAAACUCUGACGCUUUAAAGAUUGCCAAAGAGGUCGACCCUCAGGGUAUGAGGACCAUUGGUGUGAUCACCAAGCUGGACCUGAUGGACGAGGGGACGGAUGCUAAAGACAUCCUGGAGAAUAAACUGCUUCCACUCAGAAGGGGAUACGUCGGCGUGGUGAACAGGAGCCAGAAGGACAUAGAUGGGAGGAAGGACAUUAAUGCUGCUAUGGCCGCCGAGAGGAAGUUCUUUCUCUCCCACGCUUCAUACAGACACCUGUCAGACCGCAUGGGCACCGCCUUCCUCCAGAAACUCCUCAAUCAGCAACUGACCAACCACAUCCGCGACACCCUGCCGGGGCUGCGAGCCAAGCUACAGAGUCAGCUCCUCUCCAUAGAGAAGGAGGUGGAGGAGUACAAGAACUUCCGACCCGACGACCCCUCUCGCAAGACCAAGGCUCUGCUCCAGAUGGUGCAGCAGUUCUCUGUGGAUUUCGAGAAGUGCAUAGAGGGCUCUGGCGACCAGAUUGACACGGCGGAGCUGUCGGGGGGUGCGAGGAUCAAUCGCAUCUUCCAUGAGCGCUUCCCGUUUGAACUGGUCAAGAUGGAGUUCAACGAGAAGGAGCUGAGGAAGGAGAUCAGCUACGCCAUCAAGAACAUUCACGGCAUCAGAACUGGCCUCUUCACCCCGGACAUGGCCUUUGAGACCAUUGUGAAAAGGCAGAUUGGGAAGAUUAAAGAGCCGUGCACCAAAUGUGUGGACAUGGUCAUUUCUGAGCUAGUCAAUACGGUUAGGCAGUGUACCAAGAAGCUGGCUCAGUAUCCCCAACUACGAGAGGAGAUGGAGAGAAUUGUCACGCAGCACAUCAGGGACCGGGAAAACCGCACUAAGACCCAGGUGCUGCUGUUGAUAGACAUCGAGUUGUCCUACAUGAACACCAACCAUGAGGACUUUAUUGGAUUUGCCAACGCUCAACCGAGGAUCAACCAAAUGAACAAGAAGAAGGCGGCCGGGAACCAGGAGGAAAGCAUGCCCGAGAGAGGAGUUAGCGAUCGGUUCAAGGUGAUCAGGAAGGGCUGGCUGACCAUCAACAACAUCGGCAUCAUGAAGGGAGGAGCCAAGGAGUACUGGUUCGUCCUCACCGCCGAGUCUCUGUCCUGGUAUAAGGACGAUGAGGAGAAAGAGAAGAAGUACAUGCUGCAGGUGGACAACCUACGGCUGCGCGAUGUGGAGAAAAGCUUCAUGUCCAGCAAGCAAAUCUUUGCUCUCUUCAACACGGAGCAGAGGAACGUUUAUAAGGAUUACCGUCAGCUGGAGCUGGCCUGUGAGAGUCAGGAGGAUAUCGACGCUUGGAAGGCCUCGUUCCUUCGAGCCGGAGUUUAUCCUGAACGGGUCACGGACAAGGAAGGAAAGAGUGACGGCGGCGAAGACAGCGGCACCGACAGCUUCGUGCACAGCAUGGAUCCUCAGCUGGAGCGGCAGGUGGAGACCAUUCGGAACCUGGUGGACUCCUACAUGGCCAUCGUCAGCAAGACCGUCCGCGACCUGAUGCCCAAGACCAUCAUGCACCUCAUGAUUAACAAUACGAAGGAGUACAUCAACGCCGACCUGCUGGCCCAGCUGUACUCGUGCGGCGACCAGAACUCGCUGAUGGAGGAGUCUCAGGAACAGGCCACGCACCGCGACGAGAUGCUGCGGAUGUACCACGCCCUGCGGGAGGCGCUCGGCAUCAUCGGCGACAUCAGCACGUCAACCGUGACCACCGCCAUGCCGCCGCCCGUGGAUGAUUCCUGGCUGCAGGUGCAACGGGCCAACUCCGGAGGAAGGUCUCCGGCCACCAGUCCACUUCCGAACCGCAGAGCUCCGCCGGGACCCCCCGGCCGCCCCGUCUCUCGUGGGCCUCCGCCCGGGCCUCCUCCUGCCGGGGGACCCCCUGUCCCGUCUCGGCCCGGAGCUUCUCCGGACCCCUACAGUGGGCCGCCACCCUCCGUGCCCUCCAGGCCUAACCGCGGACCCCCAAAUGUGCCCAGUCGGAGACCCCCGCCUUCUCCAACCCACUAGCCCUCCGAGCUCCUCCCUCCCCGCUCUGCCCGCC